GCUGUCAGGCACGUACACAGGAACCUUACGUGCUACGCACUUCCGCUUUCCGACGACGAGGUCGCCUCUUCUGGAUCGCGCCAUGAAGUGGACAUUGUGCUGAGAAAAAAAAACGCUACCGAGGAGGAAUGUAAACACGACUAAAACAUGAUCCUUCGCCCAACAGGGACUUAAAGCGGUGUCGCGGGGGAAAGAUUCGAAUAUUCUACUUAGGUUUUGGGCCAUCUUCAGUGCAGUUGCAUGUUCGCUUUCUCCGUAGAUGGUCUCCGGCGAGCGGUGUCUGGCAGCGGACGACGAUAUCUUGGUGAAUAAUAUGAAGGAGAUGAUUGGAGGUUGCUGUGUAUGCUCAGACGAGAGAGGCUGGGCAGAGAACCCACUCGUCUACUGCGAUGGUCAUGGUUGCAAUGUCGCUGUUCACCAAGCUUGCUACGGCAUCGUGCAGGUGCCCACAGGGCCUUGGUUCUGCAGGAAGUGUGAGUCUCAAGAGAGAGCUGCACGAGUGAGGUGUGAGCUGUGUCCCCAUAAAGAUGGCGCCCUGAAGAGGACAGACAACGGUGGCUGGGCCCAUGUGGUGUGUGCUCUCUAUAUUCCGGAGGUGGAGUUUGCCAACGUGUCCACUAUGGAACCCAUUGUGCUACAGUCUGUACCCCACGAACGCUACAACAAGACGUGCUACAUCUGUGAAGACCAGGGCAGAGAGAGUAAAGCGGCUUCAGGCGCCUGUAUGACCUGUAAUAAACAUGGCUGCCGACAGGCAUUCCACGUCACAUGUGCCCAGUUUGCUGGGUUGCUGUGUGAGGAGCAAGGAUCGGAUGCAGACAAUGUGAAGUACUGUGGAUACUGCAAAUACCACUACAGCAAACUGAAGCAUAAAGAGAGGGACAGGCACAAACCCAAACACAGGAAGAGUCUGGAGCUGGGCCCCUCUCUCAUCACCUCCAUCGCCUCCGCAGACAAGAGUUUCCCCCCUAGCAGCAGUGCUGGAGAGCCGGUCACAGUGCCCGCCUCCUCUCAGAAGCGAUUGGACGAAAGCGCCGCCGCCCGUUUCACCACCGCCAACUUCCAGGAAGUGGCCCCCCACCCCGGGGGCCCCAAGGAUGGCCCCCCCGCCCCCCCGGUCCCCGAGGCCAAGAAAAAGAACCAUCCGGCCGGCCAGCGAGCCCGCAAGCCCCUCCCCUCCACAGUGGUCACCAUGGCAACCUCCUCCACUGCCCCCUCCUCUUCCUCCACAGGGCCGUUUCAUCAAGGUCUGUUGACCAGCAGCACCAAAACCACCUCCUCUGACUUCCUGGCCUUCUCUGAUUCGUCCUUGCGCCCCGGGGACACCUUCUCCCCGCCCCCCUUCAGCCGCGUCCUGGUGAAGGAGGGGGGCGUGGCCUCCGACAGCAAGCCCACCCACGCCUCCUUCGGUUCUCUCCUUUCCCUCCCUAGCCCCGCCCCCGUGGGAGGGAAGCUUUACGAGACCUCCCUCUCCUCCGGAGACACGCCCCUUUCCGCCCCCAGCGCCCUCCUGGCAGGGUACAAGCGCCCCCUGCCCUCCUCCUCUGCUGCCCCCCCGGUGGGUGUGGGGGGCGGGGAGGAGGGGCUGAAGGGGAAGAAGAGGAGGGGGAACUGGAGGAACCGCUACGGGCCGUGUUACAGCGGCGUCGAUGGGAAGACCCAGGAGGGGGCGGAGCCUCAUCCCCCAGCCCCGCUGGCCCUGCCCCCCUCCGCCUCCCCUGCUCCGCCCUCCUCCGGAUCGGCCCUGUCGGGCAGGGGAGGCCCCGUCGGCGGGGGGCCUGGGGGAGGGGGCCCCGCGGGGGGGCAGAAGUCCUCCCUGCUCAGGAACGGAGCUCUGCAGAGUCACGGUAUCACUCCCAGCGGCCCAGGUGCCUUCUCCAGUGGUGACGGGUCGUUAGGGACCAUCGCUAUGGGCGGAGCCAACGCCGAUAUGUCGCAACCCCCACAAGCCACGCCUUCCUUAGCUCCGCCCCCUACACCCUUUGCCGCAAACACCCCCCUUUCCAGCCCUGCCUCCACCCAUACUGGGUUACCAGGGUUACAGGGGUCCGUGUUCAACCUGGCGCCCUCACACAUGUUCGGGAACAGACUCAACCCCAACUCUGCUAUGGCCGCACUUAUCGCCCAAUCAGAAGCCUCGCCCGCAGACCAGGAGAUGGGGGACUGCAGCAACAGUGUUCAGGGUUUCCCUGUACGAGCAUCUCCCAAGACCACCCCACGCUCUCCUAUUGGUGGGCUGCAGAUCCGGUAUGACCCCUCGGGGUCGUUGCCGGGGCUGGGGUUGCUAGGAGCGGGGGCGGGUGGGGCCGGGGGUGAGACGCCCCUCCCGCUGGCCACCAGUAUAGAGCAGCUCCUGGAGAGACAGUGGAGCGAGGGCCAGAACUUCCUGCUGCAGCACGGAGCCCAGAACGAUGUGCUGGCCCUGCUGAGGUCUCUGCACCAGCUGCAGGAGGAGAACCGUCGCCUGGAGCAGCACAUCCAGACCCUCUCCCUGAAGAAGGAGAGACUGCAGCUGCUCAGCGCCCAGCUGGCUGUCCCCUUCACGCCCUCCUCCGGCCCAGAUGUGAAGAGAGACAUAGCCUCUGCUCAGGACAGUGUGUCGUGCGGCCAUAGCAGCAGUGGGUCCGCCUCCUCCCUGUCCACCCCCCCCUCCCUGUCUCAGAGCCCCCCCCAGCCCCUGGUCAACGGGGGCCCGCCGGGGGGGGCUCCAGGGCUGGGGGCCCUGGGAGGGGGGGCCCUGAACGGGGUGAUUCAGAGCAGCUCUGGUCCACACACACACACAGGGUCCAGCCUGUCACUGCCUGGGAACAACAGCAGGUCAGCCCCCUCUAAGGGCAGCGCGGCUCGUCUGGACCUCUUCUCAGAGCAGCAGAAACUCCUCUUCCACCAGAACGUGCUGUCAACACAGCCCUCAGUGGAUCAGCAGCAGAUGUUGUUCUACCAGCUCAUGCAGCAGCAGCAGGACCUGCAUCAGCUCCAGUCUGUGUCCUCCACCCAGCUCACCUCCAUCUCCCUCUCCUCCUCCUCCUCCUCCCAGCCCUCCAGGGCCUCCAACCCCUUCCUAGCGAUGCACACGCACACUAACCCCGACAUGCUUGUUGCCGGGCAGAAAGCUCGUCUAGACAAGGCCCUGGGGGGGGUAGCUGGUCAGGAGACCUGAGGGAACUUUCCACCUCUCUCUCUCUCUCUGGCUCUCUCUCUCUGGCUCUCUCUCUCUGGCUCUCUCUCUCUGGCUCUCUCUCUCUGGCUCUCUCUCUCUGGCUCUCUCUCUCUGGCUCUCUCUCUAAGUCUAUCUCUUUCACCCAUUUCUUUUUUUCAUCCAUGCAUGUCUCUCUUUCUCAGUCUUUCUCACUCAGUCUCUCAGGGGUCUACACGUAUUGACAGAUCAGAGCAGUGCAUUUACCACAUAAGCUAGCACACAGAACUACAACUCCCCCUUUAAGAACGACAACUUCCAUUAAAAACGACAACUCCCACACCACGAGGAAAUAAAACUACAACUCCCAGCAGGAGUCAACGGUAGCCAUCGCUGGACACCGGCCUCCCUAGGGGGGACCAUCUGACUAUGCAGCUCCCAGGGGAGCAAGGGGGAGGGGCCUAGGAUCGCUUUUCCUGUUUGUUACCGCGGCAACAUCUGACCACACACCUCUCUCUCUGCGUGCGUGCGCUCGUUGACCUCAGCUGAGCGCUCACUUUAAACCUAGAGCUUGUCAUCAUCCCAGAGGAUGAGGGUGGUCGUCAUCUAUCACUUCGCUCGCCUGAUUUCCUUGACGAGGGAAGGAGGAAGGAGGAAGUAGGUGUUUCAGACUUCCUGCUGAGUCUCAAGCAGGUGUAGACUCUGGUACUACAGUGUGUGACACGAUGCUGGUGCUAUCACCAGACAGGAAGUAGUUUUCAGGAAGUGCUGUGUGACGUUGCUCAUCGCUGCUCAAGCCCCUCCCACACCAAGCUACCUCUUACGCAAUACAGAACCAGCCUAUCGGGGCCCAGGGCCGGCCUGUCAAGGACCAGUCAGAAUGCACCAUCGUCAGGACUGACCUGUCAGGGAUACAAACCCAAGUGCCUGAAGGGGGCGGGGUUAUGUGAUGCUACUCUACCUGUCAGUCACCCUACCUCACAGCACGAUUGGUCUUCAGGCUGUGUUUCCGUGCAAACGCUUCUUGGAUAGGGGGGCAACAUCUCUCUCAUUCCCUAUGUCUCUCUCCCUCCCUCUCUCUCACCCCCUCCCUCUCUCUCACCCCCUCUCUCACUCCCUCACUCAGUCCCUCACCCUCUCACCCCCUC